AUGGCUUGGAUGGCUUUGAUUCUUGCACCAGUUGCAGCCAAUAAUCUUGUCCACAUUCAAAAGCUGUUGAUAGUUUACAUGAACUUUGAGUUGUCGGAUGUAGGCUGUGAGCACCCAAUGAAGAUCAAGGUCAUCAGUGAUAGGUUCACCCAUGAGCAUAAGCACUGGUCCCUUAUCAUUAUCGAGAUUCUUCGUCUCGAUGUAGAGGAGACGUCAGAACUGAGUCAUCCUGAUGGUGAGCUUGACUGGGGGAAUAUCAUGCCAUGCUGCCAGUUUAAGACAGGCCAGGGCUUCAGCUAUGAGGAAGGCAUUGUUGCAGACAAUGUUUCCUUGGAAAGCCACAAUAACCCAGGCAAGAGCUUUGGGAUUGAAGGGGAUGAAGUUCCAAACUAUACAAGAGGGGAUGGCAAAACUUUGGUGCCACAGCAAGUAUCUGAUGAAAUCUUCGGAAAUGCCUGUGAUGAUGAGCGGCCAUGGUUUGUCGAAGGUGCUCUUCCUGUUGUAGAAAGCCAUGAUAGUGCCUUUGUCUGGGAAGUUGAAACCUUCGAGGAAUUCUGUGAGGAGAAUGUCGGCACACAGGUUUUCAGAGUAGAAUUUGGGUCCAGUGCCAUAGGGGAUUGUGUCAACAACCAACUAUACUCGACUUAG